AUGACGCGCCCAACCAUCAUCAGAGCAGACACCAUUGACUUACAGGACCCUGGGUCGCCCUCCGCCGCCGACCACAGUCGCCAGCCUACACAGCCCGCGCCGCUCGGCGCCGGUCCCGCCUCGCCGCACCAGGCAGCCGCCAUCCGACACGUGGAAGAAGACCGCGCAAACGAAGAGGACGGUCUCGUACAACAGUGGAACAACCCCAGCGGAGGCAAUCAUGACGAUCAAAGCGGCACCGACUCCGCUGACGUGACGGACGACGGCGACAUGGCAGACUCGGAAACGGAGGACAUGGACGACGACAUGCUGGACAAAAUAUCCAGCUCCCCGUCUAUCGACGAUGGUAGGUAUUCCCUGCGCUCUUCAGCCCCCCGUGCCUCAGCCUGGCCGACGCGCUCUUCUUCUCUCUACGCCCUUCCAUUGCCCGCAACUCCGCCGCAGCAACACAUGUAUCAGCACUCCAAUGUAUCGCCUGAGCCCGAGCAGGACUCAUCGUCGCCCUUCACCCUGACACCACAACAUCUCCCGCUCUCAUAUCAGCCUAAGCGCCAGUCAACACCAAGAUUCGGCACCCCACUCUCAUCUUCACCUUUCAACACUUCACCCUCCCACCAGCCCGUGCGCAUGCCUACGUGCCACGGGAGGGUUUCGUCUGCGGAUCAUCAUCGUCUGGGUGAGUAUACGACGACCGGACCGACCACUAGCGACACGACAUACAAUCCUUUCGGGGACGAAUUCGAACAUGGUUUGGAAAGUUGCUAUCAUGAGGACACCGAUUUCUAUGCCGAUGAGCUGAGCGGAGAUGUUGGCCCGCUCCGCUCGGAGCAAUACGAGCUAGAAUCCCAUGAGGACUAUUUUGGGGGCGACUGGGAAGAUGACAUGCUCGUAUUCCCUGCGGGUCGCCCCUUGCCGCCCAUCCCCGUUUCUGAUAGCGCCAACAACCUUCGAGAGCUUUUGGUGCCCCACCAAUCGAUAUCCUCGUUGGAGCGCGAAUAUUCUAUGGGGGCCAUGUCCUGGGAGACCGACAGCAACGCCUCAAGCUAUGAUCCAGGAGACAAUGACAACAACGACGACGAUGAUGACGAUGAUGAUCUCAAAGACACUUUCCUUUCUCUUGAUGACGACCGCCACGACUCAGCAUACGGCGGUGAGUGCUUACGCGAAACAGAGGACAUCGAUUUCGAAUUCGUUUACGCGCUACAUACUUUCGUCGCAACCGUUGAGGGCCAAGCCAAUGCCACCAAGGGUGACACGAUGGUGCUGCUGGACGACAGUAACAGUUACUGGUGGCUUGUUAGAAUUGUCAAGGACAGCAGCAUUGGCUAUCUUCCCGCAGAGCACAUCGAAACUCCCACUGAGCGUUUGGCGCGCUUGAACAAACACAGAAAUAUUGACCUUUCGGCGGCCAUGCUUGGCGACAGCGCCGAGAAGUCGAAAAAUCCACUGAAAAAAGCAAUGAGACGACGAAACGCGAAAACUGUUCAAUUCACCGCGCCUACUUAUGUUGAGGCAUCUGACUAUGAUUUCUCCUCUGACGAAGAGGAUGAUGACGGUGAGGACUUUGACAGUGGACCGGUCCACAUCGAAGAUACGCAAGAACACGAGGGUGAUGAUGGGCGUGAGACGAUGACCGUCGAACCUCUGAGGAUUGGCGGGAAAGACAAGAAGGGAGAUGAAGCUGGAGAAGGAAACUCGGACGAACUGAAAACCGGUGACGACAAAGCGAGGACUAGCGAUGAGAUUUUCGAUCGCGCACCGGAGCAAAAGAUCUCGAGAAAUGGAACCGUCCGAAACACCGAUUCCUUCUUCAAGGACGAGAGCGUUGAGACACGGAAGAUUACCUUGACACCGAAUCUCCUGCGCGACGAUUCCUCAGCCUCUACUGUGCGCUCUGAAACCAGGGAAAGAGGCGGAAGUCUUGACAGUCUGGAGAAAGAACUCAAAUCUCCAGACAAGCCAAAGGAUGACAAGAAAAAGAAAGAAAAGAAACCUGGAAUGCUCAGAGGGCUGUUUGGUCGUAAGGAUAAGAAGGCCAAGUCUGCUGAUAACGAGCAAAAUGAUGAGAAGCAGUCUGAGGAAUUGACUCGGGAGUCAUUGUCAAGGGAUUCUGAGGAAACGGCAUCGCCGAAGGAAUCUGCAAAGGCUGAAAAUGAGUCUAGUCAACAACAGCAACAGCCUGUGAGACAGACAGCUAAGGCGUCAAAGUCUUCAGAGAAGAAAACUAACGGUCCCCAGAAAUCCCAGCCGUCGGACCCCACUGUCCAGCCGGCGAAAUCUAUUCUUCAGAAAAGCGCCUCUCAGGGUGCUGCCGAAGCUACUAUGCGUUUGGUAUCUGCCGGCUCAGAGCGGAACCAACAAGAGGAGCAAGAGGACUCCGAGGCAGCAGCGCGCGCGCAAGGACAGGCUCAGGCGCAGGCUGAACUCCAGGCUCGGGCUCGGGAGGAAGCUCUCUAUCAGGCCAGAGAAGCCGAAAAGGAAGCCGGUCGCAACAGGAGUGGCUCCACGAGCGCCAAACAAGCAAUUUCGAAUAUCUUGCAUUCGAAGUCGAAUGAACGCGAGCAAAAGCAGGAGAGCAAAAUGCAAAAGCAGGAGAACAAGAUGCCGCCGCGCGAAAAGGUCAAGAAGUCUAAGGAGCGUGCUCCGCUGGAUGAUUUCGACUCGACACCCGAGUGGGAGCACGGCGAUCCUUUCGCGGAUCCGGGCGAGGAUGAGCGGCAGCCAAACGGAACACAGCAGCAAGAGCAAGGACUGCGUCCUGAGGAUACCAAUUCGCCUGGAGAUGUAUCGCCCAUCGACAUGGAUCAACCUCCUGCUCUUGUGCAUGACACAUCAAGCCAAGAGGAGCCGGACAUUUCGCCCGUGUCCCCGUCCGGCUCGCCCCUCAGGGGUGAGCUGUCCAACUCGAGCCCAAAUACGAUGAGGCCUACGUUCACUCCAAGUGCACUCAACACCAACAUUCCUCCCGCAUCAGCCAACAGCCCCAUGACUGGCGAGCCUCCCUCUGCCGCAUCCCUUCCUGCUUGGUCUGAUGCCAGCCUCCGCUCCUACUUGGACGACGGUUCCGACAUCCGCGAUAUGCUCGUCGUCGUCAAGGACACUUCGGGCGUCGUUCCGGUUGGUGCGGACCAUCCAAUCAUGGCAGGCCUCUUCAGCGACGAGCGCAGCAAGGUUGCGGCAAUGGGCAUGCAAUUGGACAGCUUGUUGGGUGAUUGGCUGUCAAGAAAGAGGAGAAGGAAUGAAGGCGGAAGGAAGCAAAGCUGUUGA